UCAACACGGCAGUAUUGCAGUGGUCUAUAUAACCGGUUAAGCUUAUUUCAAAAUACACAAAUGUAGAAAUUAAAAAGAGACACAAGGAAUAUCAGAACAGGCAGUGAUAAAUGUGCGAUAUAAAGUCAUUUUAAAACAAAACCUAGUUCUAAAAAUGUGACUGAUUAAUGACAGAUCGAUUAACUGCAAGAGAAAUGUGAAGUACUGUGUCGAAUCAUUGCAAGCUAAAGUGGGUAUUCAUAUCUUAAUGCAAUAUUAAAUCAAUUAGAAAAGACAUCACGAUGGAGAAAGGAGAUGAAGGACGGUAUCCACCAAAUGUAUUCACGGCCGAUGAGGCGGCAUUCCGCAUUCCACCACCAACUUAUGAAGAGGUGAUGGGAGUUUACCAAACAUCGGUCAAAUCUAUUGGUCAGACAUCGGACAUAUCACCGCUCGCAUACAUAGAUAUAAUGCCAAGAUGUCUUAAAGUCGGUAAUAUCGCUGGGAAAGUAGUUCCAACAUUCGACGACUUUAGCGCAAUUGUUGAAGGGGCAAACCGCUGGCUCCAGGACAAUCCGGGACUCAGUGUUUGGAAAUGCGAGACAAUCAUCAGAAAAUUGACACAUGGUAAAGACGGUUCACUAAGUUAUGAACUGAAUGAAAUGUUGAGACACGAUUCAACAUUCGGAUUUAUUGUGUUUAUAAAAGGUAUCAGAUUAUGGUUGACAAAGAAGACAUUGGCUGGUCCACCUCAACAACUAGGUAUCAAAACUGUAGUCCCGGAGAAAGUCACUAUUGAGGUCCCUAUGAAUAGAUAUAGAGGUGGCCGAGGACGGAUUAUUAUCGGUGGCGAGGUUGUUACUCAUUUAAAUACUAACAUGUACACAGUAACAACAUUUGAGGGGCUGGAAGAUACCAUGAAGAAGUUACAAACGAAACUGAAGGACGAUCCAAUACCAGGUACUGUGCUUACAAUAGAAACCGACAAUGUGAAGGCGUAUGAAGGUCUGCAAAAGGACUUUGAUCCGGAGAGUACGUGUUGGUCUGAGAAUAAAGAUAAAUCACAAAGAAAUACACAGGUUAUCCGAAUAUUCUACGUCAAAGGAUCACCUACAAACGCAGAUAUUGGCUACACAGAGAUCAUACCGGACGUGAAAGAACAACCGGAAUCGGCACUUAAACAAGGGAAGUUUGAAAACUUUGACAACGUUUUAUCUUCAUUAAGUCAAUGGGUGUCUAAAAACCAAGGGCUACGGGUUGUCAACAUUCAGCAAUACGACGCUUAUGUAAAAUCCUCAAUGUGUAAGAUUUACACAACAGCUUCUAACGGUGUGCCACCUAGUAUUGUGACGUCACGUUUGUUUUUACCUGCUCGGACAGGAAGACGGACAUUUGAAUGUAUGACACAGACAAUGGAAAGAAUUGAUGCUUGGCUCCGUGUGACAGGUGUGCCAAUCUAUUCGGUCGAAACAGUGGAGCUUUUAUUUAACGAGACGAACCCAGAUGGCGCCGACUGUACACGUUCAGAAUACACCGUCCAGGCUCUGUCAGGCAAACAUUGGUUGACGGCAAUCAGGGUGUACUUCUGUGGACCAUAUAUUGAGCCAGAUCCAGCUAUGCUACCACCACUUCCGGUCGGUAAACACGGAGGUUCAAGUUCAUGUCUUAUUUUGUAAAAGAGAACACGUCAGUUAUACAAAUCUACAAACAAACUACCUGUGAUAUUAUAAUAUUAUGAGUAUUUUUGUUAUUGCUCCUUUUGAUAUUUCAUGUUAUGUUGAUAUUUGUAAUUUUUGUUAUUUUUGUUAUGAUUAAUUAUUGCUCAAUUUGAUAUGUCAUGUUAUAUUGAUAUUUGUGUCUAUUUUGAUUGUUACUUUUGUUACUCACUACAUUGAACUACAUACACGUCACAUUCGGAACGUGUGAUUCAUUUUUAAAUAUCAGUGAACAUGAAAGAAAAACUGUAUGAAAGUUCAAAGACUAUUAUUACUUCUACUUAUGGUAGUAAAAGAAGAAGAAAACGAGAAAUAACUUAUUUUGCGUUCUGUCAUAAAACAUAAUUAUACAUUCUGUUGAAAAAUUUGUUUCGUAUUGCAUAACCGAUCAGUGGCUUAUACAAAUUAUUUUUUUUUAUUGUUGGCCAAUAAGAAUCACAUGAUAUUAGUCAGAUAUUUAGAAAUUUUUAACUUGAACAUGUCAUAUUUUUUCGUUAUAUUCGUACCAUCAAAGAAUAUCAGUAGGACAAAUGUUUAUAACACUAAAAUAAUGUUUGUCAAGAUAGUUAGUAAGGUAUGUCAAUACGUUUAUCCCUCGGUAGGAAAGCUACAUACGUGAGGUUAACUGCCAGUAUAAAGCUACGUACCCUCUGCCAGGAAGACAAGCUGCAUAGACUGUGAUCAAAUUCAUUAUAAUGAUAUAUGUUUGACAUUAGUCAAAAAUUAACAAUGGCUGAACAUAACUUUAUUAAGGAUUAUAACAAAGCCGAUAAAAGUACAGUAACGAUGUCGGAAUGAUGUACUUGUAAUAAAGCAAUAGAUCAGGACUGACAUUACUCUUGACUUAAUCAUUAUUCCAUCAUUUUAUGUUUGUAUAACGUUAUUUAGCUUAGAAUUUGUCUUUUUCAAAAUGAAUUAAUAAUGCGUUGUUCUUUUUCUUUCAUGAUACCAAUAAAAAUUUUAU